AUGUCUAGACUUGCGAGCACCCAAAUCCUGGCUACAGCACAGGUGAAGAGGGCGGCCGCCGCUACCACCGCCACCGCCGCCGCUGCUGCCGCCGCCGAUCUCACGGCGGUGGUGGAUUACGCUACCUCCGCCAAGCGCCCCAAGCUGGUCGCAGCCGCGGACAUCGCGCAACUGACUACCGACGAGGCCGAGACCGACGAGACCGGCGGGAAGGACGACAUCGUCAUCAUGACGGACACGGCGGCCGCCGCCGCGACCGACACGCAGAAGAGAGCCAAUUUUUCCGCGUUGACCGUCGGCAAUCCGAACGGCGUCAACAAGAUCUCGCCGAACCUGGCGAACGCGAAGCCCGGUUCCGCGAAAAAGCUCGUCAUCAAAAACUUCAAAAAUAAACCCAAAUUACCAGAGAAUUAUCAAGAACAGACAUGGGAAAAAUUGCAGGAGGCUGUGGUUGCCAUACAAACCAGCAAAAGCAUCCGCUAUUCUCUAGAAGAACUUUAUCAGGCAGUUGAAAAUAUGUGUAACCAUAAGAUGGCAUCGACACUUUACACAAAUUUGACCAUCCUAACAGAAUCUCAUGUAAAAGCCAAUAUUGAACAAUUCUUGGCUGAAUCCAUGGACAGACAUAUAUUUUUGAAAAAGAUGAAUGAAUGCUGGCAAUCACACUGUAGACAAAUGAUCAUGAUCAGGAGUAUUUUUCUGUACCUUGACAGAACCUAUGUUCUACAAAAUCCAAGCAUUUCAUCGAUAUGGGAUAUGGGAUUACAUCUCUUCAGACUACACAUUGUAUUGAACAAUUUAGUGCAAACACGCACAGUGGAAGGUCUUCUUAUGCUCAUUGAAAAGGAACGACAAGGCGACACUGUGGACCGAACACUUCUCAAGUCUCUCUUAAGAAUGUUAUCAGAUCUACAGAUUUACCAAGAGGCCUUUGAAACUAAAUUCCUAGUAGCUACAGAAAGACUGUAUGCUGCUGAAGGUCAACGAUUAAUGAACGAGCACGAUGUUCCUGAAUAUCUGGCUCAUGUGGAUAAACGUCUUCAAGAAGAGAACGAGCGACUAUUACAUUAUCUUGAUACAUCGACCAAAUGGUCACUCAUACAUACUGUAGAAAAACAAUUACUGUCUGAACAUAUUACUAGCAUUUUACAAAAGGGUUUAAGUGGAUUGUUGGAUGAGAAUAGGAUUAGUGACUUAUCAUUACUUUACAACUUAUACAGUCGAAUAAAGAAUGGCCUUGUGGAGCUUUGUUUGAACUUCAACUGUUACAUCAAGAAAAAAGGCAAGACAAUAGUUAUAGAUCCAGAAAAAGAUAAAACGAUGGUACAGGAGCUGUUAGAUUUCAAAGAUAAAAUGGAUAACAUAGUCAAUACGUGCUUUCAUAAAAAUGAGAAGUUCGCAAAUAGCUUAAAAGAAGCUUUUGAGGCUUUCAUAAAUCAAAGAGCGAACAAACCAGCGGAAUUAAUAGCUAAAUUCGUGGAUUGUAAGUUACGCGCGGGUAAUAAAGAAGCAACAGAAGAGGAGUUGGAGAGAUUGCUAGAUAAAAUUAUGGUACUCUUUCGAUUUAUACACGGAAAAGAUGUUUUCGAAGCUUUCUACAAAAAGGACUUGGCCAAACGUCUAUUGGUAGGGAAAUCUGCUUCUGUAGAUGCUGAAAAGUCGAUGUUAUCUAAAUUGAAGCAGGAAUGCGGCGGUGGAUUCACUAGUAAAUUGGAAGGAAUGUUCAAGGAUAUGGAACUUAGCAAAGAUAUUAAUAUCGCCUUCAAACAAUAUGCAGGAAAUUUGCAAAGUGAAUUAAUAGCGAGUAGCUUGGACUUGACUGUAUCUAUACUUACUAUGGGAUAUUGGCCGACAUAUCCUGUUAUGGAAGUCACCUUGCCGAUGGAGAUGGUGCAGUAUCAAGAUGUGUUUAAUAAGUUUUAUUUGGGGAAACAUAGCGGUAGGAAAUUGCAAUGGCAACCGACUUUAGGACAUUGCGUGCUGAAAGCUUGGUUCAACCAGGGUAACAAAGAACUGCAGGUAUCGCUGUUUCAAGCGCUGGUCUUGAUUCUGUUCAAUGAUAGCGACAAUCUCUCAUUGGAGGAUAUUAAAGCCGCCACAAAUAUCGAAGACGGCGAGCUAAGAAGAACGUUGCAGUCCUUAGCUUGCGGAAAAGCUCGUGUUCUUCAGAAGAAUCCACGUGGACGGGAUGUCGCCGACAAUGAUAGAUUUGUAUUCAACGCGGAAUUUACAAAUAAGCUGUUCAGAAUCAAGAUUAAUCAAAUUCAAAUGAAAGAAACGAACGAAGAACAAAAAGCAACGGAAGAGAGAGUGUAUCAGGACAGACAGUAUCAGAUUGAUGCUGCUAUUGUCAGAAUUAUGAAAAUGAGAAAGACAUUGACACACAAUCUUCUUAUCAGUGAACUGUAUAAUCAAUUAAAGUUUCCAGUGAAGCCUGCAGACUUGAAGAAACGGAUCGAGUCUCUCAUAGACAGAGAUUACAUGGAGCGAGAUAAGGACAAUGCGAACCAGUACAAUUACGUUGCGUAACCUGAAGCAAAUGCCAAAGUCACGUUGAAUCAAAUCGACGCUGAUUUUUCUAGCAAAUUGAAACAAUCGCCAUCGAUAUUUGUCUAUUGUGAAUGUAACGGGUUGUAGCUCAAGUGACAGACUCGUAAUUGGGGAUCUGACUGUUUGGCAUAACCGUUAUAACGUGUGGACAGUGCAUAAAGAAAAAGAAGAAAAAAAAAUGAAAAAAAAAAGAAACUACAGUGAACUUCCUCGUUUUGAUUUUCGUAGUGCGUUAUGGACACUGAACGAUUACAAUCCUCUUUGUACGGUGUUGUGUUAUUGCAGAGUUUCGAUAAUGAAAAAAAAAUGAAAGAAAGAAA